AUGGACCCCCAGCAGGGUGUCAUGGAUGUGAAUCAGCCACGCAACAAGAAGACGGCGGAAGACGACGAGGACGACGAGGACGACGAGGACGACGUGGACAGUGUCAAAGCCAAAUCUCGGGACCUCGUUGGCGUCCCCUUGUCCAUGGCCGCACUGGAACAAUGCAGAGAGAGGUGGACUGCCGUUCAGCUCCUGCAACGCCUUCAACGAUGUACCGAUGAUCAGAUGUGGCAGGAAGUGGUCAGAGACUACGACGGGUACGAGUUCUUCAAUUCGCAGCUCUCUGCAUGGUACGAUGACAAAACCAUUAUUCUUCAGAUUCUCGAUAUCCUGGACCGACUGCCCCAGCGCACGAAAAAUAAAAUCGUGGAUAGCAAGAUUGACAAAACCAUGGAGUCUUUAACCCAUCAUUCUGACGAGAGAAUUGCGACCCAUGCGUCGGCGCUACUGGGUGCGUGGUCGAAGCUCCAAUUAGUGUACAGAAUCCCCCUGAAGAAGCGGGACGACGCUUCCGCACCCGUCAAGACGGAGACCAAGCCAUUUGAGCGGAGAGAACCUGCCCCGGGACGAAAAAGAUCCAGAUCGAGGUCGCCAACUCCGCCGAGAGAGCCUGCUUUGAUGAGGGCGCCCACCGGCCCACGGGCACUCCAGCGACGGGGAUCCUUCCGCUCACGUCCAUUCAUACCUUUCCAUCACCACAUGGACGCGAUCGACGACGAGGUGGAUGACCCGUCUGCAGCUCUCACCACUACAACGCCAAGGCAUAUGAGCUGUUUGGUGCGGUCUUCGCAAGAUGGGGAGACUCAAGGAUACAUGAAUCAUUUGUCAUGCCGGAAUGGUGCCACGGAGAUUUUGGCAGGACUCCUGCAGAAGUAUCUCGGUUCUUUGGGUACUUGGUGGUGA